GUCAUUUUUUUAAGCAAAAAACUUUUAAUGUUAUGUUAAUCAGUUGUUUCAACUUUGAAUCUUGUUGGACCUGCUUCUCGAACUGGACGUGUUUUCUGUUUUUGUGGAGUUAUAAUUUAUAAAAAUGAAGAAAUGGUGGAAUUGGAUUCUUGUUGUGGCCUUAGUGUGUUUGUUAUUCGUUGCUAUACCUCUUUCAUAUCCCGAUAGGACUAAAGAAUCCCUUCGUCCCAUGUUUGAUGAGUAUAUAGAAAAUUUCAAUAAAACUUAUAAGGACGACCCCGCAGAGUACGAAAAAAGAUUAGAGCAUUUUGUGGCCUCCGUAAAAGAGAUAGAUAGAUUGAACUCAGCAGCAAGAGGUCCCGAACAGCACAGGGCGAGGUAUGGACUCACACAAAUGUCAGAUAUGUCGAAAGAUGAAUUCAGAGAUAUACAUCUAUCUGACGAACAACCUCAUCGAUAUAGAAGACAUAAGCUAGGGAAGAGUUGGAGCAAAGGUAGAGUGAAGGAUAUUGAGGACAUGGCCGAUAACAUAGAUGAUUACGAUGAUGAGGAUGAUGAUGAUAAGGAGGGUAGUCCGCAUCAUAAUAUUUAUAUUGUCAUCAGAAAGAAACGCGCCAUGCUACCACUUCAGGUUGAUUGGAGAACUAAGGGUGUGAUAGGUCCCGUACGUGAUCAGGGUCUGUGUGGAGCGUGCUGGGCUUUCAGUACGAUUGGCACAAUGGAAGCCAUGGCUGCCAUAGACACCGGCAAGCUUAACACGCUCAGUGUCCAGGAAGUUAUAGACUGCGCUGGUUUGGGGAACAGCGGUUGUGCUGGUGGCGAUAUAUGCCUUUUAUUAGACUGGUUGCUCAUGACGGAUACCGCUGUCCAAGUUGAGAAGGAGUAUCCUCUGAAGCUGACGAACGGUGUAUGUCAGGCUAAGAAAAAUGCGACCGGUGUUAAAGUCGCCAAGUUCACGUGUACCGAUCUGGUGGGCGCGGAGGAUAAGAUAAUCGAGUCUAUAGCAACCCAUGGUCCAGUGGCCGUCGCGGUGAACGCGCUCACGUGGCAGAACUACCUUGGCGGUGUCAUACAGUACCAUUGCAGCGGUAGCCCCAAAGAACUGAACCACGCUGUAGAGCUGGUUGGCUAUGAUCUAACAGCAGAGGUACCUUACUACAUAGCCAAGAACUCGUGGGGCAAAGGCUUUGGUCUCGACGGAUAUCUUAAACUGGCGAUCGGCUGCAACAUAUGCGGACUAGCCAAUGAGGUAGCUAGCAUAGACAUUAAAUAGUUAUAACAUAUAUUUUUCUUAAAUUUUUUGUUUCGAUUUUGAAAUGUUUUUUUUUUUAAUUUUAUUUCUCGCAACGAACCAAUUGAUAUAGUGCCUUAAAUAAGCCAUUUAAAAAUGUAAGCCGUCCUACUUAAAAUUGCGUAUUUUUUUUUUUAUAUUUUUAUAUACAGUUUUACAUGAUAGUGCCAAUAAGUUUUAAAUCUAAAUUUUUACAAAGAUUUAUAUGUGAUUGUUGCAUGACAAUUUAUAUUAAUGUUGUUUUAUAAUAUUAAUGUUUAAAUACCCUCGAUAUUAUAAUAAUUUGUAUGAGAUAUAGAUCUAAGCUAAAUCUCAACUCGAAUUGUACAUUCCUUAGAGAUAAGACUACAUACAUGUUAUUAAUUCUUGCCAUAUUUUUUUUUAAUUUUCUCUAAUAAUUUAAUAUUAAGAUAAUAAAUAUUGUUUUAAUUAAA